AUGGAUGAUUGUGUAACAGGUGAUGAAACAAUAAGAGGAGCCAUAGUAUUGGCUCAAGAGAUGGAUGAAAUUUUAAAAGGCGCCGGAUUUAGAUUGCGCAAAUGGAAAUCAAAUAGUAAAUUGGUUAUGAGAACUAUGGAUUCAGAAAAUACAACAGAAGUCAUAUUUUCAGAGGAGGAAGACACAACCAUUUUGGGAUUAAAAUGGUUGAUACAAGAGGAUUUAUUCACAUUUGUAGUGAAACAACAAAGAAUGGAGGAUAAAAUCACCAAACGUAAAGUAGUAAGUUUUGUGAUGCAUCUUUACGAUCCGAUUGGUCUCAUCUCACCUGUCACGAUCAAAGGAAGGAUUUUUAUUCAGGAUUUGUGGAGAUUGAAACUCGACUGGGAUGAAGAGCUUCCAGAGGAUAUGAAGAAUAAAUGGAAUAGCUACUGGAUGGAGAUUAUAUAUUUGGAGAACUUCACCAUUGAAAGAUGGUUAGCCACAAAAUCGGAAUCGAAAAUACAUUUACAUGGAUUUGCCGAUAGUGGAGAACCUGCUUUAGGAGCUGUGUUGUAUGUUCGAAUUGAACAUCUGGAUGGAUUAGUUACAUGUCAACUUGUGACUUCAAGAUCACGUGUAGCGCCACUUAAAACAGUAUCUAUACCAAGAUUAGAGCUGUCAGCAGCUGAAUUACUUUCACGUCUGAUAAAAGAAGUGAGAAAGACUAUGGAAUGGUCUUCAGUUGAUUAUACAGCGUGGACGGAUUCAAGUUCAACAUUUCAUUGGAUUCGGCGUGUACCGCGAGAAUUAAAAACUUAUGUAGCCAACAGAGUGUCUUCAAUACAAUCAAAUACGGAUAUAGAAAAGUGGAGACAUAUCAGUGGAAAGGAUAAUCCAGCUGAUUUGUUAACGAGAGGGAUCUCAGCAAAGGAUUUAGUUGACAAUAGUUUGUGGCUACAUGGACCGGAUUGGUUGUUACACAAACCUUCAGAAUGGCCUUUGAGUCCAGUGAUGCAGCAGAUUUCAAAGGAGACAAUGAUAGAAUGCAAGGUAUUUAUGAUAUCUGAAUAUAAGGAUCAGUUACGGAUAGGAUUAAAAGGUACAAAAACCAAUGAACCAUUGUUAAAGUAUACUAGCAAACUGGAAAAGGCAAUUAAUAUUCUUUCAUAUGUUAUACGCUUCUUAAAAAAUUGGAAAAAUCGUAAGGAUAAAAUUAUUACUCGACCUCGAAGGAAAGUAAUAGAAUUGAAAGCCUUUCCUCCAACUUUGGAAGAAAAGGCAGAGGCAAUGGAGUAUUUAUUAAGAAAGACUCAGCAGGAAUAUUUCAAUAAAGAAAUGACUGCAAUGAAACAAAACAAAAGGAUUCCAGAGAAAAGCGUUUUAGAGUCGCUCAAUCCUAUUUUGGAUAAGGAUGGAUUGAUUAGAGUCGGAGGACGGAUAGAAAGAUCGGAGCUGAAUUACGAAAUGAAGCAUCCUGUAAUUGUGCCUCAUGGAUCUCGCCUUGCUAAACUCAUAGCGGAUUACGCGCAUCGGAUUACCAAGCAUGGAGGUGUGCAACAAAUGACUCAAUUUAUCCGUCAAAACUAUUGGAUUCCAAAAAUACGAGAUUUAUUGAGGUCCAUUGUACACAAAUGUAUAGUUUGCGUGAGAUUGAAUGCACGGAUGCAAACUCAAUUAAUGGCCGAUUUACCGGCUGAGAGGACUCAAGUCGGUAAACCAUUUAUUAAUACUGGAGUGGAUUUUGCUGGACCAUUUAGUAUAAAACUGAUUGGAGGAGAAAUACACAAAUGUUGGAUUGCAAUAUUUAUUUGUUUAAAAACAAAAGGUAUUCAUAUCGACGUUGUCACGGAUAUGACAACAGUGGCCUUCAUCGCAUGCUAUGAAAGGUUUAUAGCCAGGAGAGGUCGUUGCGAAAGGAUGUGCAGUGACAAUGGUACCACCUUUGUCAGUACGAAUAAGGAGUUGAAGAAAGCAAUGGAGAAAUGGUUGGAUAAGGAUACAUUAGACCAUUUACAUUACAAGGGAACGAAUUGGAAGUUUAUCACUCCAGCAGCUUCUCAUCAAGGAGGGAUUUAUGAGGCGGCUGUAAAAUCGAUGAAGUUUCAUCUAAAAAGGAUUAUUGGGAUCAAAACAUUGUUGUACGAGAAUUUCAUCACAUUGCUUGCUCAAAUUGAAGCAAUUUUAAAUUCUAGACCAUUAUACCCACUAAAGGAUGAUCCAACGGAUAUACAGGCAUUAACGCCCGGACAUUUCCUGGUAGGGGAACCAUUGAUCUUACCAUUACCAUUCAGUAUAGAUCCAAAACCCACCACGGAUAGGAUAAGAUUGUGGAAGGAUCGUCAAACCAUGAUCAAGCAUUUUUGGCAAAGAUGGAAGGAAGAGUAUUUAACCAGUCUUCAAGAACGGAAGAAAUGGAGAAGAGAACAGGAGAGUAUGAAAAUAGGACAAUUGGUGGUACUCAAAAGUGAGAAUCAUCCACCAGCUAGUUGGGCACUGGGACGCAUAGUGGAGUUGUUACCGAGCAAGGAUGGAUUAGUUCGGAACGUUAUUGUUGAGACAGCAACAAAUAAGUUCAAAAGAGCUGUGCAGAAAAUUUGCAUCCUACCAGUGUCACCGGAUUAG